AUGAUUUUGGCGCGUAAGUUGCCAUCAAUGAAAAGAUUUAGAUUACAUUCAAAAAUGAAGUUAGAGGAAAUGUCUACAAUUGUGACUAGUUCUGUUAUGAACGCCAAUGACGAUCAAGCGAUUCGCCAGGCUGCUAACCUGCUCGAAUCUGGUAAAGUCAUUGCGCUUCCUACUGAUACCGUGUACGGGUUAGCAUGCAGUGCAAACGAUCCCAAUGCUAUUCAAAGACUUUAUGCUAUCAAGGGACGAGAGGAGAAAAAACCAGUGGCUAUAUGCGUUGCGGAUUUCUGCGAUUUUCGAUUUUGGGGACAAGCAGAUCAUCUGCCGGAUAAGUUGCUCGCACAGUUACUUCCUGGACCUGUAACCCUCAUUGUUCGGAAAUCUGCUAAUCUUGAUAAUCCGUAUCUCAAUCCGGGAGUUGAAAAGAUUGGAAUAAGGAUUCCUGAUUUCGACUUCAUCAGAAAUGUUUCCAGAGAAUUCCGAUUACCGGUGGCACUUACUAGUGCAAAUAAGAGCUCCGAGCAAAGUACAUUGAAUGUUAGAGAGUUCCAGAAACUGUGGCCAGCGCUAGGCGCUGUUUUUGAUGGAGGGCAACUAGGAGUUCGGGAAGAACAACGAGCGGCUUCAACAGUUAUUGAUCUGUCGCAGAUUGGCCUGUACAAGGUAAUCCGCGAAGGUGUCGCUGUAGAGCACACAAUUCGAGUGGUCGAGCAAUUUGGCUUUAAAGCAAUAGCACAAUAGUUAAGGAAACAAUGGUAAGUAUUAAAAAUAGAUUAAAUUUGCCAAAUAAAAUGUAAAUGGUUCAUAAGGUCAA